UGGGGAGGUACCGUCCACGACUUAUACCUAUAUACCUACGACGUACCGUAAACACCUAACCAGAUCAACCUCGACAACAACCUUUCAACCCAAAUCUACGCAAAAAACAACAACAACUACAAGCUACAGAACUCCCAUCAUCAUGCAAGCCGUCGCCAAUGCUUUCCAAUCCUACACCGGCCCUGCCGAGAACAACAUCGUCGAGAACAAGUACAAGGUCCGGGAGGGCGGUGAGAAGGGGAUGAAGGCCCUCACCUGGCAAGGCGCCAACAGCGUCAAGGUCAUCGACGCCGACAUCCCGGACAUCACCCAGGAUACCGACGUCAUCCUCAAAGUCACUGCGACGACGAUCUGUGGGUCGGAUUUGCAUUUGUAUCAUGGAGAGAUCGUCGCCCUUCAAAAGGGGGAUUUGUUGGGACACGAGUUUGCUGGGAUCGUCGACCGGGUCGGACCUGCUGUCAAGAACUUGAAGGUCGGGGACAGGGUCGUCACCUCCUUCCAGAUCGCCUGUGGAGAAUGCCGAUUCUGCAAGCAGAAGCUGUCGAGCUUCUGCGAUAGGACUAACAACUCUACGUUGAUGAGGACCAUGUACGGCGGGAACCCCAAGGCCGACCAAGCCGACGCCGGGUUCUUCGGGUACAGCCAUUUCACAGGAGGAUACCCCGGUGGACAAGCCGAAUGGGUCAAAGUCCCUAUCGGUGACGUCAACUGCUUGAAGAUCCCGGACGAGGUCCCCGAUGAGGAAGCCAUCUACCUCUCGGACAUCUUGCCCACUUCGUACCAUAACGUCGUGGACACGGGCGUCAAGGAGGGCGACGUAGUCGGUGUUUGGGGUUUGGGACCUAUCGGACAAUGUUCGAUCCGAUGGGCGCUUUUGAAGGGAGCCAAGGAAGUCGUUGCCAUCGACUGCGUCCCCGCAAGGCUCAAGAUGGCCGAAGAAGCCGCCCCGGGCAAGGUCAGGACCCUGAACUUCAAGGAGGUCAGCAACGUUGCUGGAACGCUCAACGAGUGGUACCCCGGUGGACUCGACGUCUCUCUUGAUUGUGGGUCGUUCCACGAGCCCCAGACGAUGCUCCACAAGGUCGAAAAGGCUUUGAUGCUCGAGACGGACGUUUCGGAGGUACCCAACCAGAUGAUCAUGGCCACCAGGAAGAUGGGCAGGGUCGGUAUCAUUGCCGCAUACGCUGCUCUUACCAACCACUUCAACAUCGGAGCUCUGAUGGAGAAGGGUAUCAGGUUCAUCGGGAACGGACAGGCUCCUGUUCACCUUUACUGGGAGGAGAUCAUGGACAUGAUCAAGGAAGGAAAGUGGUCAUCCAAGUUCCUCGUCUCCCACAGGAUCGACGUCUCCGAAUUCGCGGAGCUCUACCAGGCCUUUGACAAGCGUCAAGGAGGUCUUAUGAAGGUUUUCGUUCAGACCAGGCACAGUGCUCCGCCCGCUCCGGGCUUCCCUCAGUUGACCAGCAUCAAGGACCUCCCCAAGGAGGUCUUGUAGGUUUAGCUCGAGAGAGAUAUCGCUUGGGUGCUACUCCAGAACUCGUCUGUAUUCCUUGGCCGAGAUCACUCCGGUCGUCGUGUUUUAGCUCGUGACGUUACUGUAUGCAAAUAAUUAUGGUACAAGAUUUGAUUGAUUUGAUUGAAAA